AGUGAAGCUGGAACAAAACAAACCAAAACCGAACAGGAAUAUAUCAUUCCAUCCUCAAUUCAAUUCCUCAUAUCUCAAACACUAUCAACAAAUCCAAAUCAUCACCACUUAUAUUCCUUUUGACCUUUUCCAUUAAACCCCUCUCACCCUCUAUAUCCCCAAUCCCAUUCAUCAUCAUCAUGAAUUUAACACCCCAUAACAAAAUCCACAACAACCUCAACCCAGAAUACAACAACUACCUCGUUUGAAAUGUCCCCACCUCUGCAACCACUAACAAUAUCUAAUCUCCCUUCUUUACCAGAUCUUUUACUAACUGCACUCUCCGUUUGCUUCCUUUUCACCUCCUCAAGAUCCCAUAACACCACCACCACCACCACCACCAACUGUCCCUUUCUCUCUUUCCCUCUUAACCCUCGCCGUUUCCUCAAAAUUCCCGCUAUGUCCCAAACUGCCACCUCAUCGUUAUCAUCGUCCAGCCACAACAAGAAUAACCGUCGCCAUAAUUUCGCAUCUCCGCAAUCUCUCUCCGAAUGGCUCAAACCUCGUUUACCCUCCGAUUCGUUUGCCACGUGGGGCGUUAAGCCUGGUACCAAGAACGUUCAUAAUCUCUGGCUUGAACUUUCCCAAGGAGAAACGUUACUCGAAGAUUCGAAUCCUCCGAUUCGAACCGUUCAGGUUGUUACGGUUAGGGUUAUUGGAAAAGACGGGAAAGUCCUUGUGGAAUCGCAUCAGGAAUUGUCCGACGGUAGAGUGAGGGAACGGGGUAGGCCGUUGUCGGAGAAGAUGAAGCCCAACGAGGAACCGGAAAUGGCGGCUGUUAGGGGGAUUAAGGAAGAGCUUGGUUCUGUGAUCGGGGAAGAAACAGAGGUUUGUGAUAUAGUGACCAUUGAUCCGAAUUCGUAUGUGAUGAGGGUGGAGGAGCGGAAUUCAGGGUCGUAUCCUGGUUUGCCUGGUUGCUAUGUUUUGCACAGUUUGAAUGCUACCGUGGAGGGUUUGCCGGAGGGUGAUUUUUGCACGUAUGAGGUGGAUGAGUAUGCUGAUUCCGACGACAAGAAAGUUGCACACGAAGCUGUUUCUGUUAAGAAACAUUAUUGGAAAUGGGUUAGUGCUGAUUCUAUUCAACCUUGAUCUGGUAUUUUUAUAUGAAUCAAUCAACGACACAUACACCAGACACUGCACUUAGCGAACACAUGGAUAAUAAUUUGAGAAAAAAUAAGUGAUUAUACAUAACCAUACACAAUGGUGUCGUCAGUCGUCGGUGUCAUAUCGAUGUCCAGCAUAGGUUGAACGCUAGAAAUGUCUGCAAUCUAUAAUGCAUUGGUGUCGAACACGGGCAGAACACUAGACUAGCCUUCAAUCUGAAAUGUUUGUACUAUAUAGUUUUUUUUAUAGAUUUAACUGACAUUUAUUUUGGGGACCAGGAGGGUGCUUGUUUAUGUUUGUAUACAUAUGAAUAGUGGUACCAAUAGUUUUUGUACUGGAAUAGAAUUUGUUAUUUUCUUUGAAAUAAUAAUUUACAUUAUAGCCA